ACCGGUUGAGGUUGAGGAGGGGGGUCGUAUAUUAGUAAGUGAAGCGCACACACAUCUAGCUGGCAAAAGGUUAGCCGACUUGCUAGCCCGACACUUGGGGCUUCGCUGUCCGCGGUAUCGAACACGGUUCCGGUGUGUGACGAGGGACAUGGCUUCAUUUUGAGAAAUAACAUCCUCAGGUCGCCGUCGGGAGUCUUUGUCAAGGAAACGUGCACACGCUUUGGCUCCAAGCGCCCUUUGGCACUCCCCGCACAUGCUCUGCAGGCACGCACACGCAAAUGUUGCACAAUCUGAAAGCUCCAAACACCCUCGCGGCCACUGCAAACACAGUUACCGAAUAAGUCCAACCCUCACCUUCAAAACACACACAUAUCCGCCCUCCAAUUAUCCAUAUUUUUUUUUUUUGGAGCUGGAGCUUCAUUUUCAUUUAGCACAAGUCACACCGAGGAUUUCAUCUGCAUCAUUUUUGCUGAAUAAACCUGCAAAAAUCAUAAUGGACGGAAUCAGUUUUUUACCACCAUCAGGCAGUUGCAGGGAGAUAAUAACAUUUUAACUGGACAAAGUUAAAUAGACAAGCGGUAAUGGAAGCACUGGCGGCUUCAGAGAAGAAGCCAAUAAAGGACGCAAACAAUGGCAAAAGUGAGAGAGAGCAUGCGGAGGAAGCGGCGGACGAGGACGCCACGCGUACGCGGAUCCCCUUGCACCGCUGGGUGAUGCACGGAGCGGUGAUGUUUGGCCGGGAGUUCUGCUACGCCAUGGAGACUGCCUUGGUCACACCGGUGCUUCUCCAGAUAGGCCUUCCCGAGCAGUAUUACAGUCUAACGUGGUUCCUCAGUCCCGUCCUGGGUCUCUUCUUCACACCUGUGAUGGGCUCAGCCAGCGACCGCUGUACACUGCGUUGGGGCCGCAGGAGGCCGUUUAUACUCGCGUUGUGUGUUGGCGUCCUGCUGGGUAUGGCGUUGUUUUUAAAUGGAUCCUUGAUAGGCCUUUCCAUCGGUGACCGUGCGGGAAGCCAGCCAAUAGGGAUCGUUCUCACUGUUUUAGGAGUGGUGGUGCUGGACUUUUGCGCUGAUGCCUGUGAUGGACCCAUCAGAGCUUAUCUUCUGGAUGUGGCUGACGCAGAGGAGCAAGAUAUGGCGCUAAAUAUCCAUGCCUUUUCUGCAGGUCUCGGCGGCGCUAUUGGCUACAUGCUCGGCGGUCUGGACUGGACCGGAACAGCUCUGGGUCAAGCGUUUAAGUCACAGCAGCAAGUGCUCUUCCUUUUUGCCGCCAUCAUCUUCAUCACCUCCGUCAUAUUGCACAUGUUUAGCAUUCCCGAGAGGCGCUUUGCGCCAUCGCUGCAGCGUAAAGCCACAAGGAGAAGGGAAUCGAACAGCCAAUCGUCCUCCAGGCCUGUUAGCCACACGCCACCUCUUCUGGACAUAAUCACAGAGGAGGACGCCUCUUGCAGAGAGGACGACCAAUCAGAUCCCGAGCCCAGGGAAAUGGACUUCCUGGUUAUGGAGCGAGUGCGUAGCAAAAGUGAUUCGGUUCUAGCCAUGCCAGACACGACAAUCAAGCUGGAUCCUGAUCUGGACCCGACGCUCCAGCUCUUCUUUCCAGAGGUGCACCAUGUGUUACCCGAAAUCCAGGAGGGUCCGCAAGAUUCUUUUAAACCUUCAGACGGCGGUAUCGGUAAUAACACACCCAGAAUUCCAGACGGGAUGGCGGUUGUGCAUUCCGGAGAUUCAGCCUUUUCCGAACUCAACGGUCACACAAAUAGUCCAUCCUCUCCGGGCUCAAACGUGAAACCAAAGACCAAGCUGUCUAACGGCCUCAAUGCAGGCACGGAGCGCUGCAAUUCAAACAAAAGCCACGCCUCCAAUAAACCCGGCACCCGCCUCCUCAGCGCCUCCACGUCACCGCGGCCGCACAAGCACACUUUCUACCGACAACCGUCUUUCACGUUCUCGUAUUACGGACGAGUGGGAUCGCAUCGGCACAGACUGCGACGGGCAACCGCCUCGAGCCCUCAGCCCAUCACCACGUCCCGCAGUCUGAACGAUCUGAGCGAUCUGCAGCGGCGAGGAGACAGGAGGGACUUUCAGCUUUCCACCAGCAGUAUGUCCUCGGAGGCCUCCAGCAGCGACAGCCAGUCCGACAAGGGAACCACUGUACGGCUGCUAUGGCUCUCCAUGUUGAAGAUGCCAAAGCAGCUGUGGAGGCUGUGUGUGUGUCACUUGGUCACAUGGUUCUCCUACAUCGCCGAAGCCGUCUUCUACACCGAUUUCAUGGGGCAAGUCAUCUACCAUGGAGACCCCCAGGCGCCAGUCAACUCCACAGAGUUCCAGAAUUACAACAGCGGAGUCCAGAUGGGGUGCUGGGGACUCGUGGUCUAUGCUGCAACUGCUGCCGUCAGCUCAGCCAUCCUUCAGAAAUACCUGGAUAACUUUGACCUGAGCAUCAAAGUCAUCUACAUCGUCGGCACCCUGGGCUUCUCUAUAGGAACCGCCGUCAUGGCCAUUUUCCCGAAUGUCUACGUUGCCAUGGUGAUGAUCAGCAGCAUGGGCGUCAGCUCCAUGAGCAUGUCUUACUGUCCGUAUGCUUUACUCGGACAGUACCAUGAGAUCAAAGAGUACAUCCAUCACAGUCCGGCCAAUACGAGAAGAGGGUUCGGGAUUGAUUGCGCCAUCUUAACAUGCCAGGUCUACAUAAGCCAGAUUCUGGUGGCGUCAGCAUUGGGCGCCGUCAUCAAGGCCGUGGGCACCGUGCGGGUCAUUCCCAUGGUGGCCUCCGGCAGCUCUUUCCUCGCUUUCCUGGUUGCCUGUUUCCUCGUCAUUUACCCCGACGAGGAGCCCGAGAAGGACCGGGACUCGGACCGCUUGUCCGUCGAGGCGGACCAGAAAGGAGGGAAAAUGGCUGACAGAUUGUGUCUGCAGAAGCCGAAAGACGGAGACGGUGUGAAGAACAGGAAAAGCGUGAACAACGAGCAGAUGUUGUAGAGAUCACGGGAAAAACGUGGAUGGAUUUGCACGGAUAUGUCGCGUGUUCCGCUUGCGUCAUCUCUACCUCAGCCCAAGGAGUUCUAACGUGGGCUCCGUUGGAACACGGCUGAUAGAAGGUUUGGGCAGAAACCGGCUAAGGGGAAGCACGGAUAGCACUUUGUGUCUCAUUUCUCACCCUGACGAUGCUGCAGUAUUACACAAUGCCUUCUAACCGCUCCAUUGGACAAUCACUUUGGCUUCCUCUAAUCAACCUAAUCUUAGUUUAUCACUCUUUAUUGCUCUCUGCUUCUACCAUAUCUUACUUAUUGUGUGGAAAUAUGGGCUCAUAACUAUAAAAGCAAUCUUCACUCGCUAAAUGUACUGCAAAAAAAGGUCAGUAAGGAUAAUUCAUAAUGCCGCCUACAGAGAACAUACUAAGUACUUAUUUCUAAAAUCACAAAUACUUCAUCUUCAAACAGCUAAAAUAACGCAUAAGGCUAAAAAUAACCAAUUAGCUAAAAAUGUCAUCCAAUAUUUCUCUACAAGAGAGGAGAAAUAUGAUCUCAGGGAAGAAGUACAUUUGAAACACUUUUAUGCUAGGACUACGUUAAAAAGCCAUAGCAUUUCAGUAUGUGGAAUCAAACUAUGGAAUGGAUUGAGUAAGGAAAUCAAACAAUGCACAACGAUGAGCCAAUUCAAGAAACAAUACAAGCAGUUGAUGUUUGCUAAAUACAAGGAUGAAGAGUCUUGAACCAGUCAUGAUGUGCUAUAUAUAUCACUAUAUUGACACGCACUAUGGUACACAUUAUGUCAUUGGAUGCUCAUAUCACCUCGUACUUCGGUACGUGACAUAAAUAAAAUAAAACAAAAAUAAAACAAAAAUUAAAAUAAAAUAAAUGACUUAAAUUAUAUUAGGAAAGCAGGAAGUGAACAAAUGUAACAGUUACUGAUUGUAAAAGUACCAGAUGGAGGGGUAGGAUUUAAUAAAAAUAAACUAAAAUAAAACUAAAAUAAUUAAAACAAAAUAAAAUCACUAAAAUUAUAUUAGGAAAGCAGGAAGUGAACAAAUGUAACAGUUACUGAUUGUAAAAGUUCCAGAUGGAGGGGUAGGAUUUAAUAAAAAUAACUUAAAAUAAAACUAAAAUAAUUAAAACAAAAUAAAAUCACUAAAAUUAUAUUAGGAAAGCAGGAAGUGAACAAAUGUAACAGUUACUGAUUGUAAAAGUACCAGAUGGAGGGGUAGGAUUUAAUAAAAAUAAAACUAAAAUAAAUCACUAAAACAAAAUAAAAUAAAUCACUUAAAUUAUAUUAGGAAAGCAGGAAGUGAACAAAUGUAACAGUUACUAGUUGUAAAAGUACCAGAUGGAGGGGUAGGAUUUAAUAAAAAAUAAAACUAAAAUAAAUCAUUAAAACAAAAUAAAAUAAAUCACUUAAACUAUAUUAGGAAAGCAGGAAGUGAACAAAUGUAACAGUUACUGAUUGUAAAAGUACCAGAUGGAGGGGUAGGAUUUAAUAAGCUUUGCUUCUUCCUACUCCUUUUGGACAUGUGGAACUGUGAACUGAUUAUGGGAUGGAUUCAAUUGUAAUCUGAUGCAUGUUCAAAUGAAAUAGAACCGUUACCAUUACCAUGACCUCAUGGAAAACAUUUAUUUCCACAGUAGCUUAAUGUGCCAUCGUUUUGUUUUUGUUUUGUUUUAUUGACGUGUGCUAUGUUGCUGAGAAUCUUUCAUGCUAUGACUCCAGCGGCAUUUAACCACAAUGUGAAAUGACACGCUACGCCACUCGUUUCCCGCACAAUCAUUAUAUUCCUCAAGGGACUUUCUUUUACCUCCCAUCGAGAAUUUGAAUCAUAUUUUUCUGCCUUAACAUAAAAAAAAAUCAAUCCCGAGAAAUAUGCAAUAUGGAACGGCCAACCUCUCCUCCUAUGCAGGCUAAUAAGGCCAAACGUUACUGGAAGUGCCUUUGACUUCAGAAGUCAUUGCGGUAGCAUGGUUGGCGUUCAAGUGCUAAUAAUGUGGUUUAAUGCAGCCAUCUUUCCUCCAAUCAAGCGUUCCACUCAGGAUAGAACUCCACUCACUUUUGUUUUUGUGCCACCAAAGCUCCUAAGGUUUCUUCUAACUAGCAGUACUACUGGAGGACACGUCAGCAUCUUGUUGUGUAACUGCUGUAACAGGGUGUUGGUGGUGAAAGAUCAUCGCUAAAACCUGUAUUCUGUUGAUUGGUUUCUUUUUGCUGAUGUACAGAUUUUUAUAUACAUUUUUUUUUUAGUUAAUUAUUAAAAAAAUGCUGAAUUCAGUUAUAGUUGUGGGUCAUUUAUUGACAAAUUGU